AUUUGCAGCAAUUUCAAUAGAAACCAGCUUUCAGGCUUCAUUCCACCUGAACUUUUCAGCUUUGAUAUGAUGCUGAUACGCGUAUUGUUCGAUGGGAAUCGACUUGAAGGAGAAAUUCCUUCCACGUUAGGUCUAGUUCAGACUCUUGAGGUUCUUCGACUCAAUAGAAAUGCUUUAUCUGGGGAGGUUCCAAAAAAUCUGAACAACCUCACGAAUCUCAAUGAAUUGAAUUUAGCAAACAAUAAACUGGCGGGCCCUUUACCAGAUUUAACUAAAAUGGACUCCCUCAGUUACGUGGAUCUCAGUAACAAUUCUUUCUACUCUUCAGAAUCUUCUGAUUGGUUCUCAACCUUACCAUCUCUCACCACCUUAGUUAUUGAAAAUGGAUCUCUUCAAGGGACUUUAACGCCAAAAGUCUUCAGUUUUCCCAAUAUACAGCAAGUGCUAUUGAGGAACAAUGCAUUCAAUGGCACCUUUGACCUGGAUGACAGCUUUAGUCCACAACUUCAACUCGUUGAUCUGCAGAACAACCAGAUUUCCGCCGUAACACUGUCAGCUCACUACAAAAACAAAUUAAUACUUGUGGGAAACCCUGUGUGCACUGGUCUCCCAAAUGUUAGUUUCUGUCAACCGUAGCAGAUGAUUUCAAUAUCUCCACAUGAGGAAGGAUAGCAAGCGUCUUGAUUCGUUUUUAUGCUAAAUUCGGUUAUUCAUAGCUGUACAAGCUUUCAGUUGACUCUUCGUUGUUUUGAAUUCUUUUAGUCCUUUGUUUCCAAUUCCCAAUUUCCUGCUGGUAAUUUUUUUCA